UGUUUCUCAACCCCUCUUUCGCCAACUGGCAUCUCCUCUUCUUUCUUUCGACCCUCCGUCUUCCCCCUCCCCCCUGUCACGCGUGCCUGCCAACCUGCUCUCUCCCACGCCGCGGCUCGUUACAAAACCCCACUCGCCUGCGACGCCUCUCCGGAUCGCCAACCCCAAACCCUAGCCGCGGGCCUCGGCGGUGGCGAUCGCCAUUGGAGGAGGGUGCGGCGGCGGCGGUCGCACCUGCUUCGUCGCCUCCGGGGCGGCUCGCGUAGGAGGAGUGCGGCGCCGGCGGCGCGAUCACGCCGCCGGACGUCGCUGUUGGGGGGAGCGGCGGCCGUCCCUUGCCUCGGCCUCGUCGCCUCCGACAGCACGCUUCGGAGGUCGGGGUUUUUCGAGUCAGCUUCUCCGUCGGGGGGAAGCGUGGGAGGCGGCGCGGUGGUCCGGUUCUUCCUCGCCUUCGGUGGUUCCGUGAGAAAGGAUGGCACCUCCAAGGGUUUCCAUGGCAAAAUUUGAUGAUGCAGUCAAAUCCAUGACCAAUAUUGGUAUCCCGAAGGAAACUGUUGUGCGAGUAUUGGAUAAGCUACUGUCAUUGUAUGAUGACAACUGGGAGCAUAUAGAAGCUGAUAACUAUAGUGCCCUAGUUGAUGCUAUAUUUGACGAUCCAGAUCCCAUGGAAGGGCAGAAAAAGCGAACUGAGAAGAAGAAUCUGGAUUCAGACCACUGUAGCAAGAAGUUUAAGAUUAAAGAGCGUGAUCAAAAGCCUAAAUCCAAUGUUCAUGGCAAUGAAAAGAGAGAGUCGGCUGAAGUGCCACGUCAGCAAGAAGCAAAAGCCCUCGAGGGGAAAGCCAUUGGAACCAAACUGCGGAAGCCAUCUUCACAAAAAUUUAGUAAGGAACCAAAAAUGGAAACUAGUCUUGCAGAGGUUACAACAAUUGGUGAAAUCAGUUAUGCUUUACUACUUGAAAGUCAAGACAAUCGGGAUUUUGAGACCCCACUAGCAGUUAUGUGUCCACAAGUUCUGGAACCCAGCCGUCAUAGAGGACAUGAAGAUGCACACAUGACUUCUGGUGUGCAGCAUGCUGCUGAUCAGAAAUUUAAAGGUGUUUCGGUUGCGCAUGAAGAGCAUAUGGCUGAUGAACGUAGCAGCCAAGCAGUUAUAAGAAGCAAAGAUUUUUCCACGGUAGCAUUGUCCAACUGUGGAAACGGAAAACUAUCAUUCUCUUUCAACUCUUCCUUGGCAAACCGUUCUGAUUUUCAUAUGCCUGACAUUGAGUCAAUACGCAAGGCAAUGGAGGCUAGAUGCCUCAGCACAUACAAGAUCCUAGAUCCCAAUUUCUCUUUCAUGAAACUUUUGGAUGAUACUUGCCAGUGUAUUCUUGAUCUGAGUUCUGGAUCUAGUGAGCCUAGAGAGAGAAGCAUUGUACAAGUACUUCCGGCCAUGGACAUUUUAUCUAAGCCUUUGGUGCAGCAAUCAUUUCAGUCAAAUCAAGCUAGUUCCUCAUGCAUGCCUCUUAAUAAUCUUACGAGGCUUGGUGGUAGUGCUAGUGCUGGAGUUAGCCAGAAUAAUUCUAGUAAUAUGCAGGUUCAGCAUCAACUACCUACUAGUGUCAAGCAACAAUAUCAUGAUGUCAAUGAUAUAACAAAAGGCGAAGAACGUGUGAGUAUUCCAAUAGUUAAUGGAAUUGAAGAUGGGGUUCUGCCUCCUCCAUUUCACUAUAUACCACACAAUAUCACGUCCCAAGAUGCUUAUAUCAACCUCUCACUUGCCAGAAUUGGAGAUGAAAAUUGUUGUUCUGAAUGUUUAGGAGAUUGUCUAGCAGAGCCACUUCCUUGUGCAUGCGCAACAGAAACUGGAGGAGAGUUUGCUUAUACAAGAGAUGGCCUGCUGACAAAAGGAUUUCUAGAUGCUUGUGUGCUCCGAGAACCACAUAAACAUCCCCACUUCUACUGCAAGAUUUGUCCAAACGAAAGAAUUAAGGCUGAACUAAACUAUGAUUCACCAGACGCGAGGGCGAAUCCUGGUCCUUGUAAAGGGCACCGAAUUAGGAAAUUUAUCAAGGAAUGCUGGAGGAAAUGUGGCUGCACCAGAUAUUGUGGAAACCGUGUGGUUCAGCGAGGCAUUAUUCGCAAUCUACAGGUGUUCUUAACCUCUAGAAAAAAGGGAUGGGGACUACGCACUGCUGAAAAACUUCCUCCAGGUGCUUUUGUUUGUGAGUAUGUUGGUGAAAUAUUAACAAACACUGAGCUAUAUGAGCGAACAAUCCAAAAGACUGGUAAUGCAAAGCAUACAUAUCCUGUGCUACUGGAUGCUGACUGGGGCACUGAAAGUGUUCUGAAGGACGAGGAAGCCCUCUGUCUAGAUGCUACCUUUUAUGGUAACGUGGCAAGGUUUAUAAACCAUAGGUGCUUUGAUGCUAACAUCAUUGAUAUUCCUGUUGAGAUUGAGACGCCCGACCACCACUACUUUCAUCUGGCGUUCUUCACAAAGAGGCAAAUAGAGCCUUUUGAAGAACUGACAUGGGACUAUGGAAUUGAUUUUGAUGAUGUCAACCAUCCUGUCAAGGCAUUCAAAUGUUAUUGUGGAAGUGAGUUUUGUCGGGACAAACGGCGCUUAAAAUCUAAAGCUAGAGCCCUGGUGUUAUCGUGAGUAUUCAAGAGGCUCAAGGCAGCAAAGAAUUGUACAGGGUCCUCUUCAUGGUAUCGUGAAGACAAAUGAUAUUUUGCUCUCCUAAAAAAGUGUAUUUAGCUCCGGCAUAGGACAAAUGGUCAAGCUUACUGGUUCAGCAGUCGUUCAAGAAAUGUUGACCUACCAAGCUUACUCCGUAGAAGCAGUUUUUGUUCCAUAGACUUGUAAGCAAUUUUGGAGUGUGGAUUGGCUGCACUUAAUGGAUUUGAAAUUAGGCUAUUGCAGGAUUCGUAAGAGCAGAUUCCUCUGGUCAUUUGGAGCAUCCCUACCUACUG